UAGAUUAUUCUCAAAAAAUAACUUCAAGAAAAUGGAAGAUCAUAUUUUUAAUGCAAUUUUACUAGUCAUAUCUUUAACUUUUUUCUCCAUUUUCAUAUGGAAAACAAAACUAUGCAAACUUUCAAAAUCUCAAUACCCUUUCCCGCCAGAAAUACCCGGUGGCUGGCCGGUGAUCGGUCAUCUCCUCCAAUUUUCCGGUAAAGGCAACAUGACUUUAUCGAAAAAACUAGGAUUUUUAGCCGAUAAAUAUGGUCCGGUUUUCAGUUUCCGGCUAGGUUUACCUCGUAUAGUGGUCGUUAGUAGUUAUGAUGCUGUUAGAGAUUGUUUGAAUACUAAUGAUAAAGUACUUUCCGACCGGCCGCCGAGUUUGGCUGGUGAAUAUAUUGGUUAUAAUAAUGCUAUGCUUUUUUUAGCUACUUAUGGUAAUUAUUGGAGAAAAGUUCGAAAAAUUGUUAUAAGGGAAGUUUUAUCAAAUAGUAGGUUAGAAAAAAUGAAAAAUGUUAGAGUUUCUGAAGUUCAAAUGAGUAUUAAAGAGCUUUACUCUUUAUUUUCAGUCACCAGAGAUAAUUUGCAUUCGGUGACGACCGGAGAUAGUUUUCCGGUAAAAGUUAAUCUUACUAAGUGGUUAGAAAAGUUAACUUUGAGCUUGAUAUUCAAACUGGUAGCUGGAAAAAACUAUCGAAGCCUUGAAAAAGGGGGGAAUGAAGAAGAAGAAAUUGAAAGAUUUAAGAAAGCUUUAAAGGAUUUUGUGUAUAUUGCAAUGGAGCUUGACUUAUGGGAUGCAUUUCCUAUUCCUUUAUUCAAAUGGAUUGAUCUUCAAGGGCAUGUUAAGUUUAUGAAAAGGGCUUUUAAAGAUAUUGAUUGUGUUUUACAAAAAUGGUUGGAUGAACAUGUGAAGAAGAGAGAAGAAGCUGAUGAUGUUGUUGCUGGAAAUGAAAAAGAUUUUAUUGAUGUGCUUAUCAGCAAUGAAGAUUUUGCAGAUAGUUAUACUAGAGAAACCACCAUUAAAGCUACAGCUCUGAGUAUGGUGUUGGAUGCUUCAGACACGACUUCAGUUCACUCAAAUUGGGUAAUGGCUACAUUGUUAAACCAUAGGGAUGUCAUGAAGAAAGUCCAAGAAGAGCUAGACAGAGAAGUUGGCAGAAACAGAUGGGUAGAAGAGAGUGAUAUCAAGAAUUUGGUAUACUUCCAGGCUGUCGUUAAAGAAACAUUGCGAUUAUAUCCACCAGUACCUGUGCUAGUACCCCGCGAAUGCUUAGAGGACUGCGUUGUUCAAGGAUACCACAUACCGAAAGGUACAAGACUGUGGGUCAAUAGUAUGAAACUAAUGCGAGAUCCUAAGAUUUGGUCAAAUCCUGAUACAUUUGAUCCGGAGAGAUUCUUGACUAGUCAAGCAGGUGUUGAUGUUCGCGGUCAACAUUAUGAGUUCAUCCCCUUUGGUUCUGGAAGACGAUCUUGUCCAGGGAUCACUUAUGCGACUCAAGUGACACACCUUGCAAUAGCUCAUUUACUCCAAGGUUUUGAUUUUAGUACACCAUCGAACGAGCCUUUGGAUAUGAAAGAAGGGUUAGGCAUGACCAUGCGCAAAGUAAAUCCUAUAGAAGUGUUUAUUACACCUCGCUUGCCUUCUGUGCUCUAUAAGUUCUAAGAUGUCAAUUGUUGUCUUAUACAUGUGUCAUAUAUUUGUUGUAAUAUUAUAAUAAAUAAAUAAAAAGGAGAGAAAAGACAUGUCUAUUGAAAAACUAUCUGAAGAAUUCUGUCUCUUCAGAUAAGAUAAAAGAAGUUCCAAAGUUAGGAACUUCUUACUUCUCCUAAGCGUGCUUCUGUAGAAACAGAAAAAAAAAAUCUCUUUCUCCGUAAAACUCUCUUUUUCUUUGUAGCGAAGAACUUCUGUGGAAGGUUCCUGCAUUGUUCAUGGAGCAAUCUACUUUGUAAUUCAGGUACGACUUAGACUGUGAAUAUUUAUAGUGUAGUUCGUGUUCUUAACAUGUGAUUACACUAUCGACUACUGAAACAAAUAAUUAGAGAUUCUUGAGAGAA